GGGUGGAAAAAGGCAAGAGCAAGCCGAAAAAAAGCAAGGAGCUGGAUGGCAAAGGAGGGCUGAAAUACCAAGAAUAUCCCACCUUACAUAAAUCUCCCCUCCGCCUUUCUGUCACUUCCUCCACUUAAAUCUUUCCACCAACCCCUCUCCUAACUCUCUCGACGGAGUCCCCAAAGCCCUCAUUCACAUCACAUACACACACAAAUCUCUCUCCCAAUCUCUCUCUCUCUCUCUCGCACACAAAAUACAGAUUCUAAAUCUCGAAAAUGCAGAGCUCUGCGUUUUCUCUCUCCCACACUCUCCCCACACCAAACCCUCACAAACUCUCACAUCCUUCACUUCACAGAUUCAAUCCUCUCAUCUCCAAAUCCGUUUCUUUCAAUCCUCUCACUACUUCUUCUUCGUCUUCUCGUCGCUUUCCUUCCUUCUCGUGCUCUUCUUCUCCGAGACUCAACGGUUGGAUUUCAACUCCCGAGCCUGCGAAAGAACGCCAAUCGGAUAGUCUACAGCAAGUUAAAGCAGCUGAUUCGAUCUCCGAAAGCGCUGACGAUGAGGCCUCUAAGUCCAAAUUCAAGGACACGUUGGUGCUUGGCUCGCUCUUUGGCCUUUGGUACCUUUUCAACAUCUACUUCAACAUUUACAACAAGCAGGUGCUCAAAGUGUUCCCAUAUCCGGUAACAGUGACCACUGUUCAAUUUGCUGUGGGAUCAGUCCUUGUUCUUUUCAUGUGGACAACUAAUCUUUACAAGCGUCCAAAAAUAACCGGCGCACAGCUUCUAGCAAUUCUUCCACUGGCAGCGGUGCACACAUUGGGAAACCUGUUUACUAAUAUGAGCCUCGGAAAAGUUUCUGUCUCGUUUACUCAUACAAUUAAAGCUAUGGAGCCUUUUUUUUCAGUUGUUUUGUCAGCAAUGUUUCUUGGGGAGGUUCCAAGUAUAUGGAUAAUUUCGUCGCUUUUACCAAUUGUUGGGGGAGUAGGACUAGCAUCAAUGACUGAGGCAUCAUUUAAUUGGGCAGGAUUUUGGAGUGCCAUGGCUUCUAACUUGACCAAUCAGUCUCGAAACGUCCUUAGCAAAAAGUUCAUGGUUAAGAAAGAGGAAUCAUUGGACAAUAUUACUUUGUUCUCAAUAAUAACAAUCAUGUCCUUCUUUCUGUUGGCACCUGUUUCAAUUUUCAUGGAAGGGGUCAAGUUUACUCCUUCAUACCUGCAAUCUGCUGGAUUAAAUGUCAACCAAGUUUACACUAGGUCAUUUAUUGCUGCACUCUGCUUCCAUGCUUACCAGCAGGUCUCAUAUAUGAUAUUGCAGAGGGUAUCUCCAGUAACCCACUCAGUAGGAAACUGUGUAAAGCGGGUGGUGGUCAUCGUGACCUCUGUUCUUUUCUUCCGUACACCUGUAUCACCCAUCAACUCUCUUGGAACCGGAGUGGCUCUUGCUGGAGUCUUCCUGUAUUCAAGGGUAAAGCGCAUCAAGCCAAAGACAGCUUGAAGUUUGCAUUGCACAAGACUUCCACACAGCAGCUCAAGACUGCAUGAAGUUCGUUAUUGCUGGAAAGUUUUGCAUGUACCAGUUAGUCAGUGGUGAGAAAGCCCUUGAAGAAUCUGCUUGUAUUUCAGUUUUAAUCUUUCCUUUAUGGACAGUUUUUACUCUUGUAUUAGUUCAUAUCUCGUAUUUCACUCUGUGUAGCUCCCAGUCGACUUGCGGUCAUUUAAAUGCAAAAUGUCUAGCCCGCCCAUUUUUGCAAGGAUGUAGUCUUUUGAGAAAUGAAUUUAAAUUACUCAGUUGGUUCAUUAUAUUAUUAUUAUA